AUGCCUGGAAAACUGCACAAUCGUCAUUCAUCCAGCAGAUGUAGCUCGAGAUUACUAAUUCCCACUCUCUUCGCCGGCUCGGUUAUUGUCGUCUACGUUAUCUCUUCCUUCGCAAGUCCCUCGGUUACAUAUUCGGUCCAGACGGCGAGGACGGAGAGGUCCUUCGUCGUUUCCUUGGAGCAAUUUUUGACACAUGGUGAUGCGUCGAAGCUCUCGUCACCGGUUAGAGAUGACACGGUGCGUGGCGAGAGUGACCGUCUUGCUAUGAAGUUCGAUGAUUUGGUGUUUGAGAGAGAGAAUCGGUUGUUGAACGAAGAUCCCGCGGCGUUUCCGGUUAAGGUUUACGUAUACGAGAUGCCGAGGAAGUUUACCUACGAUCUUCUUUGGUUGUUUCACAAUUCUUACAAAGAGACUUCGAAUCUCACCUCUAAUGGCAGCCCUGUGCAUCGCUUAAUUGAGCAGCAUUCUAUAGAUUACUGGCUCUGGGCUGAUCUGAUUGCUCCUGAAUCUGAAAGGCGUUUGAAAAGUGUUGUGAGGGUCCAUCAGCAGCAGGAUGCGGAUAUUUUCUAUGUUCCGUUUUUCACUACAAUCAGCUUUUUCUUGUUGGAGAAGCAGCAAUGCAAAGCACUCUAUAGGGAAGCUUUGAAGUGGAUCACUGACCAACCGGCAUGGAAAAGAUCUGAGGGAAGGGAUCACAUAUUCCCUAUUCACCAUCCGUGGUCUUUCAAGUCUGUCCGAAAAUUUGUGAAAAAUGCAAUCUGGCUUUUGCCAGAUAUGGACUCCACUGGGAACUGGUAUAAGCCUGGGCAAGUUUCACUGGAGAAAGAUCUAAUUCUUCCUUAUGUCCCCAAUGUGGAUCUUUGCGAUGCCAAGUGCCUGUCAGAGAACUCAUCAAAGAGGACCACUCUUCUUUUCUUCCGAGGCCGACUCAAGAGGAACGCUGGAGGGAAGGUGCGUGCCAAACUGGGUGCAGAGUUAAGCGGUGCUAAAGAUGUGAUCAUUACAGAGGGAACUGCUGGAGAUGAAGGGAAAUUGGCUGCUCAAAAGGGAAUGCGCAGAUCGUUGUUUUGUCUGUGUCCUGCUGGUGACACACCAUCCUCUGCGAGGCUGUUUGAUGCAAUCGUCAGUGGAUGCAUACCAGUUAUAGUCAGUGAUGAGUUGGAGUUACCUUUUGAAGGACUGCUUGACUACAGGAAGAUUGCUGUGAUUGUUUCUUCUGGUGAUGCUAUCCAGCCUGGGUGGCUUGUGAAUCAUCUGAGAAACCUUAGUCCCACCCACAUCAAAGGAUUACAGAAGCAUCUAGCUCAAUACUCGCGGCAUUUCCUAUAUUCCAGCCCUGCACAGCCUUUAGGUCCAGAGGACUUGACAUGGAGAAUGAUAUCAGGGAAAGUGGUGAACAUGAAGCUUCACACGAGGAGGUCGCAGCGAAUGGUGAAAGGAAGCAGGAGUAUUUGCAGAUGCGAUUGUUGGCAAUCCAAUUCCACGCUCUCUAAUCCUUUGACUCGUGUCUUGUCAUAA